AUUAUUCCCACUGCAACAGCAGAAGGGGGGAGAGAGAGGCUGUAGACAUCACACCACCCUGCCAAAGUUUCAUAAUUUUCCUACCCUUCUUUUCGGUUUUGCUUUCUCAGAAUCCAAACGCUACGCCUGUUAUUUACUGGAAGAAAACAGAGCAGCUUGGUGGGUUUUGUUAGAGAGAGAGAGAGUUGGACGUUGUUUUGAUGGGAGAAAUUAGAGAGAAAACGGGUGAGAAAGACGAUGGGUUGGGGUUAGGUUUGGGGUUGGGAUUAGGUUUGAGUUUGGGUUUGGGCUUCUUAGGGUGUGAUGGGAAUCGGAGUUCUGUGAAAGUGAGUCCCAUGCACAAUCCUUCACAGUUCGUGCAGAAACACAAGGGUUCUUGGAAUGAGAUGUUUCAGUUACCUGAUCGAAACCCAGAUGCGAGGUCGACGUUCCUGGGUGGAGUGGACGUGAACCAGUUGCCAUCGAUGGCGGACUGUGAGGAUGAAAAUGGGGUUUCUUCACCGAACAGUACGAUAUCGAGCAUCAGCGGAAAGAGGAGCGAGAGAUCAGAGCCAAACGGAGAAGAAAACGAGGCUGAGAGGGAUUCGUGCUCUCGCGAGAGCGACGAGGAAGAUGGCGGCGGCGACCCGUCAAGAAAGAAACUCAGGCUGUCAAAGGAGCAGUCUUUGGUUCUGGAGGAGACCUUCAAAGAGCACAAUACCUUGAAUCCGAAGCAAAAGCUGGGUUUGGCAAAGCAGCUGAAUCUGAGCCCCAGACAAGUGGAGGUGUGGUUUCAGAACAGGAGGGCAAGGACCAAAUUGAAGCAAACAGAGAUGGAUUACGAGUACUUGAAGAGGUGUUGUGAGAAUCUAACGGAGGAGAACAGGCGGCUUCAGAAGGAGGUGCAGGAGCUUAGAGCACUGAAACUCUCCCCGCAGUUUUACAUGCACAUGAACCCUCCCACCACCCUCACCAUGUGCCCUUCAUGUGAGCGUGUGGCCCCCUCCACGGCUGCCCCGAUUGGCCGGACCCGUCGCCUGGUGGUUCCCAAUGACGUCCAACGGCCCCCGUGGCCAACAUUACCGUAUGAUGCACCCGCUUCACGAUCGUGAUUCCUUACUUGAGUAAAGGGCAUUGUGGUGAAGCUAAGGAAUCGAUGCAAGGGCAGUGAAUUACUAUUAGGAUAUGAUCUGGUCAACUCAUCAAGAAUUGGGCAUGUGAACAUAUCCAAUUUUGUCAAGUCAAGAUAUAGAGCAAAAAGAAAAGAUUCCAAAAGGUGGGCAAAGAUAAGAUAAGAGAAAUUUUUGGUCAUGCAUGUGUCAAGUGGGAUGACAACUCCCACCCCAUGGAAGAUGAUCAAGGUGCUAGAAUGAUUUUAGUGGCAACAAUGAGAUUCUGAAACGUUAUUUUUUCUUUUCUUUUUAAUUAUUAUUGUCACUUGAUUAUAUAUGAAGAUUUAUACGAGGAUAAUAUAAUUCUCUCUCAAAUGUUUUUAGAAAUGUCACUAAAAAAUUAAU